AUGCGGGUGGACCGGAGCUCCUCUUCCUCCACUGUAAGUCUACUUGAGGGGAAGAUAUAUGUAGCAGGAGGGUUUGAUCCAAAGACUCACACUUGGAGCUCUGUGACUAGCCCUAGCGCGGUGAUACGGAAUGAAAGUGUAGCUGAACACAAAAGCUUGGGACUUGGUGGAAAAUUCUACCUCUUUGGUUAUGACUCAGAUAAGUCUGCGGUGGUUUACAAUCCCAAAGAAGACAACGUCUUGUUCUAUAGGUUUCACGGACUCUUCCAUUGGUAUGACUAUAAGGGAAACUUUUGGAAGCAAGUGAAUGGUCUUGGGCCAGUUGCUUGUACGGAGAAAGUAGCGAUUCUCGCAGCCCUCGAUACGUUUGACAACGCAAGAUGA